CUUUAGUCAGCAUUAGAGUCCUCGGUGAAAUUUGAUCUUAGUAUCUAAGCAUAAUCAGAAAUCUUUUUUAUUUUUUGAAAAAAAAAAUGACCCUCUUUGGGAAAUUGGAGGCUGAUGUAGAGGUGGCUGCUCCUGCAGACCAGUUUCAUGAUGUUUUCAGCUGCAGACCGCACCAUGUAUCCAUUAUGACCCCUGAAAAAAUUCAUGGUGUUGAUCUCCAUGAUGGUGAUUGGGGCAAAGAAGGCACUGUUAUCUGCUGGAAAUAUUUUCAUGAUGGGUCUCCCAAGAUAGCCAAGGAGAUAAUUGAAGCAAUAGAUGAUGUGAACUUAUCAACCACCUUCAAAGUGGUAGAAGGAGAUCUUCUGAAUGAUUACAAGAACUUCAAACUCAUCGUUCAAGCUACACCAAAGGAGAACGGAAGCUUGGUGCACUGGACCUUGGAAUAUGAAAAGAUUCAUGAGAAUACUCAAGAUCCCCAUUCAUUGCUGGAGUUUGUUGUUCAUUGCAGCAAGGAUAUUUCUGCUCACCUUAUCCAAGUCCAGGGGAACUGAUGGAUCUUCAGCUAUAUAUGCUCUGAUAAUACCUGUGAUGUUUAUAAUAAAUAAAGGGAUGUUUAGCACAAGGUGAGCUUGUUUAUCUUUACGUGUGAAUCUGUACCUGCUUCAUAUAUACUAAAUCUUAAAGCUAAGUGGGUCUGUUAAUGAUAAUAUCUAGCUUCGAUCAAUAUAAGAUAAUGUAUUACUGAUGAAUUUAUGAAAUAAUCGGAUGUGAUUACUAUUUAUAAAUCA